UCACUCUGAAAUAAAAUUACCAAAUCUUUUUUAUUUUGAUUAUUUUUUGAUUGUAUCGACGAAUCCUUUUUUUUACUUAAUUUUCAGUUUAGAACGACAAGUGAUCUUAGCUUAUAAUGAAAAUGUCCUUUACUUUUUUACUUUAAAUUGAACUUAUUUUUAUAUUUUGUCUUUCUUAAUUACAUACAAAGCUCCAUCUUUGUAAUUAGUUCAAGAAAGACCCUUUUCUUUGGGUCUAAUACAACAACACUCUGUGCAUCACGAAUAUUGAUUAUUAUUUAUUUUAUUUAUUCGUUGUUUUCUUUCCUUGAAUACUAAUACUAUCUAGUAUUUUUACCUCAUCCUCAGUUUCGAGUCCGAAGCUAAUAAUAGAGAAAUUGAGAAAACCUUUAGAUUAUUAUAUUACAAGCACUACUACAGUUACUGCAGGAAUUGUAAUGAUACAGGAAUUUGAGAAAGACUCUAUUGAAUAGUUGAAUAGUACAAAUUCUACAUGUACACGCAACAAGAAAAAAGAAAUUCUCUAACACUUCGUUUCGAUCCUGAUUGGGAAAUUUCGUUGCUGUGUCAGAAGAAGGAUAGCUAUACUGAUUCGGUAUACUCUAAAGAAACCCUUGGUACACUAUUGACGAUCUCACAAAGAUCUGAUUUCAGUGAAUUUCUGUUUACUGAUUUCAUCUUUUACGGAGUCGACCCCCCUUUGACUGUACAAGAAUAUGCGGAGCUUAAGAUGUCUGGAAGCACAGGAGAACGUUCUUUUGCUGAUAUUAUUACCAGUAUUCGAUACUGGGUCAUUCAUAGCAUUACUAUACCUUCCCUAUUCAUUGCGGGUUGGUUAUUCGUCAGCACGGGUUUAGCUUACGAUGUAUUUGGAAGUCCCCGUCCAAACGAGUAUUUUACAGAGAGCCGACAAGGAGUUCCAUUAAUAACAGGCCGCUUUGAUUCUUUGGAACAACUCGAUGAAUUUAGUAGAUCUUUUUAGGAGGCACAAAUGACUAUAGAUAGAACCUAUCCAAUUUUUACUGUGCGAUGGUUAGCUGUUCACGGACUAGCUGUACCUACCGUUUCUUUUUUGGGGUCAAUAUCAGCAAUGCAGUUCAUCCAACGAUAAACCUAAUCCGAAUCAUAGAGCUACGACACAAUCAAACCCGAACGAACAAAAUGUUGAAUUGAAUCGUACCAGUCUCUACUGGGGGUUAUUACUCAUUUUUGUACUUGCUGUUUUAUUUUCCAAUUAUUUCUUCAAUUAAAAAAAGAAGAAUAGGAAAUAAUAGUAGGAAUUCUCUUAUCCCAUUCGGAAGGAUAUCAUCUCAUAAUUAUCUAUGGCUGUUUAUGUCUCUAGCACGACCACCUGAUGAAAUGUGGAGGAAAGUAGGACAAAUGGCUGAUACUACUGGAAGGAUUCCUCUUUGGAUAAUAGGUACUGUAGCUGGUAUUCUUGUGAUCGGUUUACUCGGUAUUUUCUUUUAUGGUUCAUAUUCUGGAUUAGGUUCAUCCCUUUAGUAAUUGGGUAAACUGAGUUGUAGACAGGACAUGAAAGCGUAAGAACUCAACGGAAUCCCCCUCGAAGAAGACAAAGAAAGAGGGGGUAGGUCCCGUUGAGCUCUUAAUAAUCAUAAUAUUUUAUUCGUCUAAAUCUAAAUGAUAACAAAAAAAGGAUUUUUUUCGGAUGUUUCAAAAAACUCCAGUUUCGUUUUUUAUGAUAUUUUUAGAAAAUUAACUUAAAU